AAAAAUUAAUGUCAACAUAAAAUGGAAAGGGGUAAUAAGGUUAAAAUGAUAUGACAACGUAAAGAAGAAAAAAUGAAGUCAAUUUGAGAGUGGCUCUCCAAUAUUAUUCAUCAUAUGAUAAAUUUAAUGAUGAUCAUUCUUUAGAAUAGGUUGCUGCAGGUUUGGCAAAUUUGGAAUUCAUGAAACGUAACUGUCCUGAAGGAACAAAAUUAGAGGAUUUUUGUGUGCAUGCAGGACAAUAUUUUGAAUUUGAAUAGUACAAAUAUGGAGAUAUUAUAUUUCAUUAUGGUGACACAGGUGAUAAGGUUUAUAUUAUUUUAAAAGGAGAAGUUGCUGUUCUUGUACCAAGAUCUGAAAGUGAAAUAGAAGCAGAAAGAGAAGAAAUAAGUUUAGCAAAAUAACCAUUCGAUUUUGAAAUGUUUUGGAAAAAUAAGAAACCUUUAAAACAAAUUUAUAUAGAAGUAUUAUUAGCUUAAUUAAAUUCAAAUGUAUACUUUUAGGAUAAUGUUUGCAUGUUUAAGAAGGUGUUUUAGUUUUAUUCUGGAUAAUCUUUUGGGGAUGUAGCUCUUAUUUCUGAUAAACCCAGAACUGCUAGUAUUUUUGUAACAUCUGAUUAAAUCUUUUUAAUUAGUAUGCGUAAAAAGGAUUUUAAAAUUUUAUGUGAAAAGUCAAUUCUAGAAAUGAAUUAAACAUUAGAUUAUUUUGUUAAAUUAUUUCCUAAUGUUGGAAGAAUGCAAAUAACCAAAUUUAUAUAGUUUUUUCAUAAACUAGAAUUUCCACCACAAUAAUUGUUAUGGAAAGAAGGUGAACAAAUCAAAUAUUUUUUAUUAAUUUAGAAGGGAAGAGUUGAAGUAAAAUAAUCAUAAUAACCUUUAUAUUAAGUGUCUGAUAAUUCUUUUAUAGGACAUGAAGAAAUCUUGGAUAGCCUAUAAUAUAGAUAAUAUACAUGCAAAACAUUAGAUAACACAACUGUUUAUUUCAUGGAAUAAGAAGAUUUUAAUAAUGCUAAAAAAAAUGCUCCAGAUAUUGUUAAAUUAUUAAUAGAAAAAGCCAAGCUUAUGACUUCUUUUCUAGAAUAAAGAAAAGAUGAAGUAAAAAAAGGAUAGAUCUAUGUAGAACCACUUUCGUUACCAGUUGAAAGAAGAUUAGUUAAAGAUAUGUUUAUAAUUAAGUCUCCAAGGAAAAAAGAAGUUAGAUCAAAUUAACCAAAAUGUUUAACUUAUUUUGACAUAACAAAAUUUAAUAAAUCUAAAGCUAAACCAAAUAAUAUACCUUCAUAAUAAUCUAUUUCUGAAGAUUUAUACUUUUCAAAAGAGAAGAAUAUUAAAACUACUCAAUCUCCCUCCAAUUUUACAUAAAAAGUUUCCCCUAUUAAUAAACAAAUGAAAGACAUUUUGAUGAAAAAAUUUAAGUUGAAUUUUAAAUUUAAUGCUUUGAAAUCUUUUUAAAUUAGCUCUUGCAAAUCAAUUCAUGAUUUUAAUAGUAAGAGUCGAUUUAAAACAGAACCAAGUAUUGAUAAUUGA